GAUCACCUACUUACAACUACUGAUUCGCACAAAUCAGUGGAUGCUCUUCACUUCUCCCUCUUCUUCUGGCUCCGUCAGCAUCCACAUCUGCCACCCGACAUACCAGGCGAUGCUCUGAUUGAAGUGCUAUUCUACGGUAAAAACAUUUUCGACGGCGAAUUCUCCACUUUUACAAUCACCAAAAGAGGUACAGCCGUAAGUGUUUACCUGAAGAAGCUCUCUAACCAACCGUCGGCCUCGUGGACAUUUACGUCAAGUUCGCAUAUUGUGGAGGAGGAGUGGAGCCUUAUGACAGUAAACUACCACUGGGAUGGAAAAGAACAAGACGUGGGAAUAUUUCUCGGUAGAGAUGAGCUUGAAAAGGUUUCAUCAGGACCGAUUUCACCUGUUCCUCCGACGUUUGCUGACGAAUCACCGAAUGGACGAUCACUCGCUAUCGUUGGAGCUGCGUGGUCGACUUCGGAUCCAAAGAAGUUUUCACAUCAUUUCAGGGGGCAGAUUGCAGACAUGAGCUUAUUCUAUGGAGCUGAAUUGAAACCGACCGCGAUUGAGUGCCUCAUAGACUGCAAACCUCGCCUCACGUUGAAUCAGGAGGUAUUUCACCUCCUUGCACCCUCCACCAAGAUUACCUGGGAGUUGCCUCUGCAUGGCAUUCGAGUGAGCAGUUUGCAGGCGUUGCAGAUAAGCAAGGUCCUGCAACAAUUGAAGGUGGUGAAUCUGGAUGUUGUUCCCUCGGUGACGUUACGUCUGACAAGUUAUGUCCAAUGUUUAGAGACCAAUACAACAUCCUCGCUUCCCGAGGUGAACGUCACUCUCAUUGACACUGCAGUACGGAGGGAUUUGGAUCCGCCUCAGGACGACCUUGGAGGACUCACUCCAGAGAGUGCAGAAGAUCCAUGUGGCUACCGAUUGAGACUGCAAAGCACUUCGCUGCAGGCAUUGGAAGGCACUGAUAGAGCAAUUAGCGUAUCCGAGGCUAAAAGGGGCCAAUACCUCAUUCCUGACGCAAAUCUCACCUGGGAGGCCUCCGAUCCCAGGUGCUUGGAGGAGUUGGAGCAUUUGGGUGUAAACGGUGAGAUUUGA